CGCCGCUCGCAGCGCUCGCUGCCGCCUUCGCGCCCCAGCCGCAGCCCCGGGGCAAAGUUGGAGCCGGGGCAGCCCCUGAAGCCUCCCGCACACCCAGGGGCUCUGAGAAAGCAGCGCCUUUCCCAGGCUGUCCUUGGGAGGUGGCAAAGCUCUGUCCCUGCUGGAGCACUGCUGACCACUGUCACCAACCAAACAUGCAGAGGGCAUGAGAGCCCACAGGACCUGACUCAGUCAUCACUCAGAGGAAAGGAGAAGGCAAGAAAGGAAAAGAAGCAGUUGAGAUCCACCAGCAGCUGUUACAGGGCAUCGGCUCCGGCACUGAGCUCCCAGAGGGGGCCAACAGCACAAGUGAGUGGCAGUGCCACAUCUUUCCUAGCCCAUGUCAUUCCCAGCACACAAGGCUGAACGUGUAAAGUGACUCUGCAAUGUUCUCCAAGGUCCCUGUAGAAUAAGGGUCACUUUGGGAAGGGCUCUAGGCCUGCCUGGUCCAGGCUCACUCCAGGGAGCUUUGGAGCUGAUGAGAGCAGGACUGCUCCAUCCUUGCAGUGACACCAUGGAUCCAUGUUACAACCACACAAGCUCUCAAAAAAGCAUGGACCGCCCCAUGCAGCUGCUGGUCGGGUUCUUUCUGGGCAUCCUCAUCGUGAUCACUCUCUGUGGUAACAUCAUCGUGUGCCUGGCCGUCACCCUGGACCGGCGGCUGCGGAGCGUGACCAACCGCAUCAUCGUCUCCCUGGCCAUCACAGACCUGCUGCUGGGGCUGCUGGUGCUGCCCUUCUCUGCUUACUACGAGCUCACCAAGGAGUGGCCCUUUGGCAGGGUUCUGUGCAACAUCUACACCAGCCUGGACGUCAUGCUGUGCACGGCCUCCAUCCUCAACCUCCUCAUGAUCAGCCUGGACCGCUACUUCGCCAUCACCACCCCGCUCCGCUACGGCCAGGUGGUCACUCCCUCCCGGGUGGCCGUGGGCUUGGCUGUCAUCUGGACUGUUUCACUGAUGGUCUCCUUCCUACCCAUCCACCUGGGCUGGAACACCAAGGGGACGGCGGUGCAGAACACAAGCACCACCUGCAGCAAGGAGUGCACGCUGGGAGUGAACCUUGAGUACGGGUUGGUGGACAGCUUGCUCACCUUCUACAUCCCUCUGGUCAUCAUGUGCAUCACCUACUACAGGAUACUCAGGAUAGCCAGGGAGCAAGCCAAGAGGAUAAACCACACGUGGGGCAACGCGCCCGUGUCCCCCAUGGUGAAGGAGCACAAAGCCACCAUGACGCUGGCAGUGGUGCUGGGAGCCUUCAUCGUCUGCUGGUUCCCCUACUUCACCCUCUUCACCUACCGGGGCGUGUCGGGGGACAGCCAGGUCAAAGGCACACUCAUGUCCAUUGUGCUCUGGCUGGGCUAUGCCAACUCAGCCCUGAACCCCAUCCUCUAUGGGACACUCAACAAGGAUUUCCGAGUGGCCUACCAGAACUUGCUGCACUGCUGCAGGACGGGAUACCCCAGGAACUCCCACCUGCCUCCCCUGCAGCAGGCCCAGCCCAGGGGCAGGCAGGGCCAGGGCAGGCAGGAGGGCAAACCCUUGAAGCUGGAGGUGAGGAACGAGAAGGGGACUCUGCUCACUGAUGGAGCCCUCAAGAGCACUGGAGCUUUCCUGUGAGCCUCAGCCAGCCCGCUGCCCUAGGACCCACAUCUCCCAGCCUUCAACUCCUGGCUGCCCUCUUCCAAAAUCCUGUGUGAGGUUGAAAGGACAACACUCAGCUUUCCUCAGUGCAAAACUCGACAGCAGAGGCGAGAGCUGCAGGGAUCCCUGCUCUGGCACAUGGCAUCACUCCAUCCCCAAACACUGCUGGAGAGGCCUCUGCCCAUCCAGGUUCCUCCCAGGAGGGUGCUGGGUUAGAAGAGCCCUUGGAGGAGCUGCCAAAGAACAUCUGCCCAUCCUGUGGGCAGUGACACUUUCAGCAUGAAGAGAUGCCUGGGGAGCUGGGUCAGGAAGCAGUGCAUGCCUGGGCAGGGCUGGGAGUGCCCUCUCCAGAGCCCUGGCAGUGGUCAGGCUGCAGGGGAAGGGGCUGUUGAGGUCGUGGUGCCAGACAGACCAGCUCAGGAUAGAGAAAGACAACAGGCACCACUUCCCUGGUGUCCUGGGAAUGUACCCACCCCUCAGAGGGGCAGGGCCCUGGCAGAUGGGGUGACAUGGCAGGAGGGCUCAGCGAGGUGGAUGCUGGCAGCCACGAGUGCUGGAUGUCUGUGCACAGGACAUCCCAGGCCCUCAGCAUCCACCCUGGGGCAGGGCUGCUUCCCUUCCCUGGGGCUGUCCUUACAGCACACCCCCUGUCCCAGCCCUACUGCCAGCCAAAGAGAAGCCCUGGAGCCUGCUGGGGAGGCACUGAGCAGCCAGGGCUUGCCCCAGGCUCUGCCCUCCUGAGAAGCUCAACAUGAAGGCGCCCAAAAGAGAAGAUUUUGCACAGACUUGGGGCAGAAACAAUCAGUGGUAUAAAAAAAAAAAAAAUCUAUUUAAGACAGAAAGAAAAUGAGAUGCUUGAUGAUUUCUGUGGGAGUACUUUGUCCUGGGAAGAGCCUCCCUGCCCUGCUCCAUCCUGCUGUCCCAUCCCCAUCCUUCUGCUGGGACAGAGC